GGAGGCACUCCAUCUGCUUUUGGAGCUCAGCUAACGGCUGAGGCCAGCACCACAGUAAGCUGUAGGGAGAUGGCCUAGAGAUGAACUAGUGCUUUUGACUUGUUCUGACUGCUGCUGCUCCUGCUUUGAUUCCAGCCCUCUGCUACCACGCGAAGGAUGCGUUUCACAGUUUUAAAAGAUCGCAAGUUAGAAGCGACCCAGGAGAAUGUGUAUGAGUGAAGGAAGAGACUUUGGGGGGUGAUUGGUUAAAAGCUCAAGAAAAGAGAGGUCAGGUCGUUUUCUCCCCUGCCAGCUUUGAACUUUCAAGAACUCUUUUGGUAGCAUUCCCACUCACCCACCCCUACCCCCAUUCUUCCCCCUCCUCCUUCCCUAGUAGCAAUUAAUUGUUUAUUGUGGAGCUGCAACUUAAGGCGAUUGGGAGUGUACAGGGGGUGUAAAAGAGAAAGAAAUUAAGGCAGUGGUAUCUGGCACCCCAUUUGGUGCUUGGGUGAGUAAACCAUGGUCCCGACCGGAGAGAUUGCUAGUAUCAGGGACGAAAUCAGCAUUGGUAGGGAGGUUCAGCGUCAGACCCCGGGGUCCGACUGCAACGGUUACUCUUUUAACGCAAAGCCUUUGCCCCUACGCCCUGCCAGCCCCUCGAGACCGCCCCGGGAACAGGGCUGCCAGAUCCAAUGGGGAGACUUGGUCCUGCACAAGCUACGGAGCUCCCGGAAACUUUCCUCUGCGCUAUGCGCUGGCUCGCUCUCCUUUCUGCUGGCGUUGGUAGUGAGGCUGGUCCGAGGAGAGAUCAGCUGUGACCUGGAGGAGAGUCAGGAGGAGGCGGAGGCGGCAGCGGCGGCGGCGGCGGCGGCGGAGGAGGAGGAGGAAGCUGCAGCCGCAGCAGCAGCAGCAGCAGCAGCAGCAGCAGCUGAAGGGGGCGUCUUAAAUCUGCCUCGGGGAGGUCUGUUGAGCGGAGCCUGGCAGCUCAGCUUUGGGCUGCAGCCCGCGGCGCUGCUCUUCGGUUUCCUGUGCGCCUUCUUUUGGAUGGGCUUGUACUUGCUCCGCUCAGGGGUCCGCCUGCCUCUCGCGCUCGUGUUGUUGGCCGCCUGCUGCGGAGGGGAAGCAAUUGUCCACAUCGGACUGGGAGUACGCGAAGAUCACUUACUAUCUCUCCCCGCCACGGGAGUGGUGCUCAGCUGCUUGGCCGCCGCGACAUGGCUGGUGCUGAGGCUGAGACAGGGUAUCCUCAUGAUCUUCUUGAUUAGUGCGGUUAGGACCGCGUCCCUGAUUUCCUUGGAGAGGGUCAAGGUCGCUUGGAGGCCGUACCUGGCUUACUCAGCCGGGGUAGUGGGUCUCCUUCUAGCCAGGUACCCGGAAAAAAUCUUGCCCCAAUCAAGAGGAGCGGUCGGGAGAGAGGAUUUUGGCACCCAGCUGGUUGUAGGGACUAAAGAAGAGGUCCUGGUGUUUAAGAGGAGGAGGAGGUCCAGCUCCAUGAUCUCCGCCGAGAUGUCCGGCUAUGGCAGCAAAUCUCAUCGCAGAACCUCUCUUCCUUGCAUACCUAGAGAACAGCUCAUGGGACAUUCUGAAUGGGACCACAAACGAGGGUACAGAGGAUCACAGUCUUCAGGUACAAGUAUUAUUGUUGAUAUUGCUGUGAUGGGAGAAGCACAUGGACUUAUUACAGACCUCCUUGCAGAUCCUUCUUUGCCACCAAAUGUGUGUACAUCCUUAAGGGCUGUGAGUAAUUUGCUCAGUACACAGCUGACUUUCCAAUCAAUUCACAAGCCAAGAGUGAGUCCUCUGGUUUCCUUCAGUGAAAAUUAUACCUGUUCUGACUCAGAAGAAAGCUCUGAAAAAGAGAAACUGGCUAUUCCCAAGCGCCUGAGAAGGAGUUUGCCCCCGGGACUACUGAGACGGGUCUCGUCUACGUGGACCACCACCACCUCAGCCACAGGUUUGCCCACGUUGGAGCCUGCACCAGUGAGGAGAGACAGGACGGGCAGCAGCAAGGCUCACGAAGCGCCUUCCUCAAGUGCUGUUAAUCCUGAUUCUUGGAAUAUGAUGGCCAUGACCAAAAGCAGGUCCUUCUCUACUUCCUAUGCUGUCUCUGCAGCUAACCAUGUGAAUUCUAAAAAGCAAAGUCGAGCAGGUGUUCUAGCUAAAAUCUCACCUCUUUCAUCCCCAAGUCCUUCGCCUAUUCAGGGGAGCCCAGUCAUUAGCCCAAUCAGCAAAAUCUCUGCAAUGCAAUUUCCAGAACCUGCAGAAGUAACUCCCAAACAAGGCUUAGGCUCUCACAGAAUCUUAACAUAUACACAGAGUGCACCAGACCUUUCUCCACAGAUCUUCACCCCACCUGUUAUAUGUACCAGCUGUGGCAGACCAUACAAUCAAGGGAACUCUGAUGAUGGGGCAUUGGGAAGUGGCAGUGCAGCCACACAUUCACCAAAUAGAACAGAUGAUACAGCUCAAGUUACUUCUGACUAUGAAACUAAUAAUAACAGUGAUAGCAGCGAUAUUGUCCAGAAUGAAGAUGAACAAGAGUGCUCUAAAGAUUCAUUGAGGAAAGAAUCUCAACGUAGCACCUACACUCCUGAAACCGUCAUAUUUAUGCCAGACAAGCCUAUUCUUGCUCCAGAACCUCUUGUCAUGGAUAACUUGGACUCAUUAAUGGAAAAGCUAAAUACUUGGAAUUUCCCAAUUUUUGAUUUGGUGGAAAAGAUAGGGAAAAAAUGUGGCCGAAUUCUGAGUCAGGUGUCAUACAGACUUUUUGAAGAUAUGGGACUUUUUGAAACUUUUAAAAUUCCUGUAAGGGAAUUUAUGAAUUAUUUUCAUGCCUUGGAGAAUGGAUACCGGGAUAUUCCUUAUCACAACAGAGUCCAUGCCACUGAUGUUUUACAUGCUGUUUGGUAUCUAACUACUCAGCCUAUUCCAGGUCUCUCCACGGUGAUUAAUGACCAUGGAUCAGCAAGUGAUUCAGAUUCGGACAGCGGAAUCACUCAUGGACACCUGGGAUAUGUAUUUUCAAAAAAGUAUUCAGCAGUGGAUGAUAGAUAUGGAUGCCUGGCUGGCAAUAUCCCUGCCCUCGAGCUGAUGGCUCUUUACGUGGCUGCAGCUAUGCAUGACUAUGAUCACCCAGGAAGGACAAAUGCUUUUCUGGUUGCAACUAGUGCACCUCAGGCGGUACUAUAUAAUGACCGUUCAGUUUUAGAAAAUCAUCAUGCAGCUGCUGCGUGGAAUCUCUUCAUGUCCCAGCCAGAGUAUAACUUCUUAGUCAACCUUGACCACGUGGAAUUUAAGCAUUUCCGUUUCCUUGUCAUCGAAGCAAUUUUGGCCACUGACCUGAAGAAACACUUUGAUUUUGUAGCCAAAUUUAAUGCCAAGGUUAAUGAUGACGUUGGUGUAGAUUGGACUAAUGAAAAUGACCGUUUAUUGGUUUGUCAAAUGUGCAUAAAGUUGGCUGAUAUCAAUGGACCAGCUAAAUGUAAAGAACUUCAUCUCCAGUGGACAGAUGGCAUUGUCAAUGAAUUUUAUGAGCAGGGUGAUGAAGAGGCCAGCCUUGGACUUCCCAUAAGCCCUUUUAUGGACCGUUCUGCACCUCAGUUGGCAAAUCUUCAGGAAUCUUUCAUCUCUCAUAUUGUGGGGCCAUUGUGCAACAGCUAUGACUCUGCAGGACUAAUGCCUGGGAAAUGGGUGGAAGACAGUGAUGAAUCAGGAGGAGACACAGAUGACCGGGAAGAAGUAGAACAACCAACAACUGAAGAAGAAACUUGUGAAAAUGCUGAAUCUGCAGGACAGCAAAAGUUCAAACGAAGGAAAAUCUACUGUCAAAUAACACAACACCUUCUUCAAAACCACAAAAUGUGGAAGAAAGUCAUUGAAGAUGAGCAACGACUGAGCGGUGGGAUGGAAAAGAUAAGUCUAGAAAAAUCCACCAUGCACCAAUCCUCAGAGCAAAUACAGGCCAUCCAGGAAGAGGAGGAGGACAAAAGGAAACCCAAAGGAGAGAGCACAACUACAAAUAUGACCCAAUGACAAUUCACCAAGCAUUGCUUUAAGCCAGAUUAACUUGUGCACAGACUCCUUGCAAGCCAGCACAACAUUUAGACACAACACUGUAGAAAUGUGGGAUAACACACAAUGGCUAUUUCACUUGGAAUGUUUUUGUCAAGAUUUUGUGUUUUGUAUGUGUUUGUGUUUGGUUUUUUUGUUGUUGUUUUUAUUUUUUUUUACAGUGAGGUACAUUGCUUAAACUCAUAUGCUCCGAGAAGCUUUCUCACUGCAACACUGGCUUCCACAAGUUUUUAAGGAAGAAAUAUAUGCAUGUGUGUGUAUGAACACACACUUGCAACACCCAGACACAGACACACAUAUAUUCAUUCACACAGAGCCAGAACUAUUGUCUGUAUACUUCUGCCACAUUCAUAUAAAACAUAUUAUGGUCACUAUUAUAGUAUGUCAUAAAAGGGAAUUGUGCUACAUGACACAUCUGUGUGUGCCGGUGCGUACAGGUGUGCAUGGAAGUGGGAGCUGGGUUGGGGGAAAGAGCGAUCAUUGAGAAUCUGAUAGAUGCAGCACGUGAUUCAGUAUCUGUGAACAAACACGAGGCACCAGUCCUAAGAAAGUUACAUCCGUAGUGAAGGAAAGUGGAAUCUAUAAUCCACAUUCUCUCGAGAGGCAAUCAAAUCUCGCGUUGGAGUAGUGGGCGGGUGCAUUCACUGCUGGCUUCCUGCCUGGGCCGGCCGAAGGACCUCCAUUCCUGCUCACGUGCCUCUCGGAGGCACGCUGUGACCAACCUCAAAGCCGUGAGAACACAGGUGUUUACCUAUGAGUAGCCCCAUGAACGUAGUGAACAGAGGCAUGCAUGUGCGCAUGCCUUCUCCCAAGGUUAGGGCGGCAGGUGAAGGCAGCAUAGAAUUCUGGGUUAACUGAGGACCUGCAAUCCAGUCGCGUCAUCAGGUUCCUACAGGAGCCAGAUGCCAGAGAAGGGGGAGGGGGAAUAAACCCGAGGCUAGAGAAGAAAUGACAUGCUUGUAAUCAUUCUCCUGUGGCUUACAUCUUUGCUACGAAGGACAUAAUUUUUUAAACUGUAUUUUAGAACACAGCUACAGAAGAAUGAGAAACAUUUCUAACUGGUUACAUGGUAUUUUAGAAUGACAGUGGAACUUGUAUGUUUUGGUAACUGAUGAAGAUUGGCUUUUUUAGAGGGGCCAGCAUCCAAAAGUAGCAUACACCUGCUGCAUGACCUGGGAUAUCUAGCUUCCUGCUCUAGGCUUUGGCUAUACCGUUGUGUUACUUUUAACAAAGAACGAUAUUGUAUAGAGAUUGGGCCAGAAAUCAAGAGGUGUUUUUUUUGUCAUUGUUUUUGUUGUUGUUUCCACACUUGUUUAUGCUGUGAGCCAAACCCCUUUUUAAAAUUGAUACUCACUUUCGAUAUAUUUUAUUUCAUAGAAUAUUAUAUUUGUCAAUAAUUACUUAUUAUGUUGUAAAUAUAAAUAAUUUUUGGUCUUGUAGAUAGUAAACUCUUUACAAAACAAAAGGGGAAAAGGGACACAUUUUUAUAAAGUUAUUUUUUUAUCACCAGUUUUGUAUAGUAUAGCCAUCUCCAACCCCAGUGAUAAAGUUCUGAGAGCUCUAGGGCCACAUACUUAUCUUUGUAUUCUCAUUUAGGAUCAAAGACUUGAGAAGUUUGUGCCAGCUAUACUGGCAUCUUUGAAAUUUUGCUAGUAAUUUUCCCUCGAAAAGAAUUAGACUUCUUUAUUUUCUAAGGUGGAAGACAAUUAGGUAUUAAUUAAAUCAUCCAAUGAGUAAUUGUAAUAAGAGGUCCCUGUCUUCUACCAUUUUUAAUUAUCAUAUAGUGCUUUCUGUAGACCUGCUGACAUUGUAAAAGAUAGAAUUUGUUUAUUUAGAAAUACAUUUAUUUCUGUCUCUAUUUCCCCCAUUAUUCACAGAAGUAAAUGUUUUUUUAUAAAAUAUCAUUUUAAUAAACAGAUCUUUUCUUCCCCCAAACUAAUGAUUUUACAAUGACCUAUGGUGUUUUUGUAAAUAGGCAAUGGAAAUGAUAGCAAGAAAAUACUGUUUCUAUACAUAUUUUCAAAUUAUGAGAGGGGGAUGAAAGAGAACAGAUGUGAAGAAAAUGUUUAUCUAGAGCACUAGAAUAGCUUUCAAGUAUAUUUCGGUAUUUAAAAAAUUAAGAACGGAUCUUUACUAUUGAGGUGUACUGUUUUGCUUCUCCUUGACAUGAGAGCCAAAGGGCUUUGUUUUUUCACAAAUUAUUCUGAGUCCAAUACACUUCUUACAGGGACUUGAAUCAUUUAAUUCUGCUUUGGGCUAGGUAGGUUUUUUUUUUAAAUGUGAUUUCCCACUCGUUGUUUCUGACACUGUACCAAAAGUGACUUUUUGGGGUCUGUUUUCUAAAGGGAAAAUGAAGCCAACAGUUACAGAGUAGGUGUGUAGUGUAUUGGAUAAAUGUGCAGGGAGAUGGUCUUUCCAAAUUAAGUACAUAGCUACUACUUAUUUGAAGUCCCAAAUGUCAAAUGACAGAUAACCAAGUAGCAGGCUGAAUGCCUAUGUACUUAAAAAGUUCCUUUACUAUGGGAAGGUAUCAUGAAAAAUAGAAAUUGGUUAUAGUCCUUCCCCAAUUCUUCAGAUCUAAGCAGAAGAUUUAAAUUUGCAAAUUAUUUUGAAAGAAAAACAUUAGUUUAACAAAGGGAGAAAGUAGCUGGGAAAUAGAGUAAGAACUAAUAUAUCUAUAUUUGUUUCAGACUAAUGCAAUGAACUCCAAAAUUGACAUAUGGCUAUUGUCUAAUUAUAUUUUCAUUUGAUGAUAAAGCAAUACUGAUGUGUAUUUCCAUUUCUUUCAGCUAUUUCCUAAGGUGCCAGUAUAUCUAUUGCAAUUGAUUCUGUUUUUAUAGGAAUAUAUUUGUAGGCAUGAUUAGACAAACUCAGGUCUUAUUGAUGAAAGAAUUUCUAAUCAGUUUAAGUAAAAAUAUCAAUAUGUAUAUCAACUUUAAAAUUAGGCACAGAUUCAGUGGAUACAUAUGAAUUGUUUUAAACUCAAAAAAAAUCACUUCCAGAGUGCUGAUAGACCUCUUUUCAAUCACUAUCUACUGUAACUGUUCUAGAUGAAUGAGGACUGUUAGGACCUUUGGAAAGUGAUAUGUACCAUAAAAUCAUUAUUAAAAUUUCCCAAAACUAGCAUUUUAGCAAUGAACAAUCUUUUUCUUUAUUUUUUGUAAUUCACAUGUACACAUGAUUUUGUUAUGAGUAAAACAUGACAUUAGCUUUGUUCAGAAAUUUAUAUAUGUUACUCUUCAUCAGAUAAGAACAAACAUACAACAUCAGGAUGCAAAUAUUGUAUACACUUUUGUAAACUAAGAUUGUUUGAUUCUUCUUGUUCUUUUACUUGUUAUCCUAGACUUAUCCCUUAAAAGCCCAGCCAGUGAAGUCAUGUUCCAAAAGAAAGAGGUAUAUUUCUUCUACAGUGUUCAUAUUGAAACCCAGAAAUAUAAAAUGCUGAUUGGAAAUUACCAUAUGUAACAUAUGCCUUAUAAUGAAUUUCAAUAUAACUCCUAUCUGUCCCCAUUGUCUCAGCCUUAAAGUUCAUUUCAAGUGUAAAAGUUGUGCUGGGGGGAUGAGACCUAAUACUUUGUUUAAAUUAUAAUUUAAAAAAGAAAUUUAAAGUAUUUUCUAAGUAAUAAAGUUAUACAAAUUUUCAUUCUAAAUAAAAGUUAAGGUUUGAAAUGAA